UGUACAGAGUCAGAGUGUAGACCAGCACAGCCAGAAGACAGACAGAAGGGGAGGAAGAUGAUGAUGCUGUCGGAUGUGUUUCUGGUUUAAACUCGCCUCCUUCUCUGCGAAUGUGCCCCAGUACAGUUACAUUCGCAGUCCCGCUUAGAGGCAAGGACACUCUUUAUAUUCCUGUGCCAAAAUGUAUGAACGGCACUUGCUAUUGUACAUGCGUAUCUAUCCGACACAAAGUAAACCAACACAAGGUGACCAAGAGGAUUGUAGAACCAAUUCAACAUUCUGGUAAAAAGAUAAAUUGACACAACGGGACUACUGUGCAGAAUGGAUGGACUUGCGUCUCUUUUGAACCACUCCAGAAAUUGUGGAUUAUAUUGUUAACCAAGGCGUGGGGUAUUUCAGCAGCGAAACAUUGUCUACAGGCCACUGCCGUGACUGUCCCCGCGCCCUCUCCUGGGAAAUGGAUUUGGGUCGAUCCAAUCUCACCGGCGGGGGUGGCGACCCCCUGCUGCUGUCGGACCCCCUCUUCCAGGAUCACACCAACCUGAGCAGCAGCUACGCAGGCGGAGGCGCCUUCUUCUGGCUGGUGCCGCCGGAGAAUGGCACCUGGAGCACGGCCGGGCCCACGCUCCACCCCGUGGUGCCACCCAGGAUGCGGGACCUGGCCCUGGCCCGGGCUGAGAUUGGGGUGCUGGGGCUGGUUCUGGCGCUGACCACCCUAGGCAACGGCUUCGUCCUGUGGGUGCUGCUGCGGAGGAGGAAGCACCAUGCGCCCAUGCACCUGUUCAUGGUCAACCUGUGCGUGGCCGACCUGGUGGUAGCCUUCUUCCAGGUCCUUCCGCAGCUGGUAUGGGACAUAACGGAACGCUUCCAGGGCCCAGAUGCCCUGUGCCGCUCGGUCAAGUAUCUCCAGAUCGUGGGCAUGUUCGCCUCGUCCUACAUGAUCGUCGCCAUGACGGUGGACAGGCACUACGCUAUCUGCUGCCCUCUGCAGGCGUACCGUGGUGGCGCGCCCUCCAAAUGGAACACCCCCAUCAUGGUGGCCUGGGGACUGUCCCUUGUGCUCAGUCUGCCCCAGGUGUUCAUCUUCUCACGAUCAGAGGUGGCCCCAGGCAAGUUCGACUGCUGGGGAAACUUUGCCGAACCAUGGGGGCUCAAGGCCUACGUCACCUGGAUGACAAUCGCCGUGUUCAUCCUCCCUGCAUGUAUUAUCACCGUUUGCCAGGUCCGUAUCUUCAGAGAGAUCCAUGACAACAUCUAUCUGAAGUCAGAGCGGGUGGUGACGGCGGAGUUCAAGAGGAACUCUGUGCUCUUUCAGUUCCCCCACCGGGACACCCACAGGGCCAGGGUGCGUACCGCAGGAGGAGGAGGAGGAGGAGGAGGAGGAGGAGGAGGAAGGGAGGGGCGUGCGAGUCUCCCAUCACACCCCCGCUGCAGCCUCUCUCUCCCACCUCCGCCUGCUGCGGACCCUCGGAACUCUUACGACAACCCGCCUCCUUCCCCUCCCUACAACAGUAACGAGGUCAGCGACAACCCCCCCCGCGCCCACCCUCACCUCCGCUCAGCUGAUGUAGACCCCGGCUCGCUGACCGAUCCUCCGCCUCUAGCUCCUCCACACAUCCCCUCCUCCUCCAGCACCACCGCCACCACCACCACCACCACUGCCUCCUACCCACUGCCCCCAAGCAGCCACUUCCCCCACCACCUCAGACAGGCCGCCCCUCACGCCGGGCACACCGAGCCCGCCAUCCCCAACCCUGCCAGCUCCUCUGACCAUUGGCCGGACGUGCUACCCGACCCAGUGCCCUUUGCCCUGCCCGCCGGUGGCGGCUACCCCCCGAUGCCCCCUCCGCCGGGCGUCUCCAAGGCGAUGUCGAAGACGGUGAGGAUGACGCUAGUGAUCGUGCUGGUCUACACGUUCUGCUGGUCACCCUUCUUCAUCGUCCAGUUGUGGGCGGCUUGGGACCCUAACCCACCUGACCAAGGUGAGGGCAUAGGUGUGGCUUUCACCAUCCUGAUGUUGCUGGCCAGCCUGAACUCGUGCACCAACCCUUGGAUCUACACAGCCUUCUCCAGCAGCGUGUCGCGUGAGAUGCAGGCCCUUCUGCACUGCCGCUGGAGACCUGCGCGCCGCGGAUCCCUGCCCGACGACUCCACCACCACACACACCUCCACCACCACCAAGGACAGCAUUUACUGACUAGCACAGCGGCAGCGACAAUGGUGGGAGCAGCGACCGCCACGGGGACGCAGAGGCAUAUUUGAGGCCGAGGCAGAGACCGUGACGGACAUGCAGUCUUACGCACAUACCACACGACAUACACACACACACACAUAAAGAGACACACAAACCACACGACAAACACACUUACACACACACGGUGUGGAUGGCUCCUGCUGUUGAAUAGCAGUAGCUACCUUUCAGCACUUGUUUGGAGCAGCAGGCACAGGGAGAACACUGCAGGGAACACGUGCAGUCAUAGACUUCUUUAGCACAUACUAGACAGACACACACACACACACACACACACACAUACACGUGAUUGGGUGUGACAGCAUCAUUAAAAGCCUUGGACUGAAGACAUACAAUGUUUGUUUUACAGAACUCUAGAACACAUACACACACACACACACACACACACACACACACACACACACA